AUGCAGCUCAUUAGCCUCAACGUGGGCGGCGCUCCGAAAGCUUGGACGGCAGUCGACAUCUUCUCGCAAGCUUUCGAGGGAUGCAUCGGCCGACAGACGCAAAUCCUGGCUUUGCAAGAGGCCGCUCUCAAGCUCAGUGAGUACGCUGCCUUCAAGCGAGCCCUUCACAAGCAUGGUUACCGCACCUACUACACCCCGGGCAAGCCAACGCAUGACAGAUGGGGCCAUUUGGCUCCUCGGCACGGUGUGCUCUUGGCCGUGUCCGCUGAGCUGCCGCAGCGCCUUCUCUUUGAAACCCUUCCUGAGCAGGUUGAGGAGGGCCAGCUGCAGAUGGUGCAGGUUUCGAAUUGGACCAUCGUCAACGGCAUAGAUGUGGAAGCUGAGUGGGAGCUCUUCAACACCGCGCUCAACAACAUGUUUGAUGAAGCUCUUCAGCACUGCCGCAAGACUCCUGCGCAGCAGCCCAAGCAUCGGCAGCGACAGCGGCAGCGCCUUGGCAAGGGCAGACCAGCUGAAGUCGUCAUGGUCCCUAAGCGCUUGAACCCUGAUCCAGGGAACUUUGCUUGUCGCAAGCGCCUCAAUUUCAUUGCUCGUGCCACGACCUACAUUCGCAAGCAGGCUGCUGACAGCAAUUUCAAGCACAGUGAGGAAGGGCACAACCUCGCUGCUAAACUUGGCUCCAGCAGCACUCCGAUGCUCGAAGCGGCCGUGAGGCAGAAAGAGCAGGAAGAGGCGGACUACAGACAGCAGCUCAAGCAGUCGCGCAUCGCAAACUGGAAGCAGCGCGUGCAAAGCAACUUCAGAGACCGCACGGCCUGGCUCAAGCAGCAGCAAAACGGCCUCACUCCAGUCAUCAACGAUCAAGGUGAACAACGUUUUACCAGAGAUGAAGGAGUGCAAGCCAUUAAAGCUCACUGGCAGAGGGUUUGGGCCAAAGCCAAGACACAGAGUCCUGCCACGCGUGAGCAGAAGAUGAAGCUUCUCACAGAAGCUCUUGCGGGCAAGCAGCAGCCGCCGCAGCAUAGCAGACCUUCAGCGGAGGAGUGCUACCAGACAGCGCAAAAGGCUAGUGGAGCAGCGGGCCCUGAUGCGUGGACGGCGGCGGAAGCUCGAGCGCUUCCGCGUGAAGCCAUCUUUCUGUUCUGGGAGCUCACUGCUCGCUGGGAGCAGGCGAACCGUGCGCCUGAAGCAUUGAAGGAGAUCCGUCAAACCAGCCUGGUGAAGCCCGGGAAGGUGGUGAAAGAACAGCUUUCCAGUGAACACACCCGCCCGAUCAGCGUCUACAGCUUGUUUUGGAGAAUUUACUCCAGCACUUGGGCCAAGUCUGAUUUGGUGAGGAGCUGGUGCGACAAAGUGCUCACGCACGAAGUGGGAGGCGGCAAAGGCCAGGCUGGUUGUGAACAACUCGCCGCCCAGGCUCUUGAUGCUUUUCAUUUGCAUGGUUUCGCUGGCACCCUAGACUACUCACUGGCAUUUGACCACGUCGACCCGCAGCUAGUGACAGAAGCCAUGAGCUGGCUCGGCUUGAAUCGCGGCUUCACCAACGUUUUGUGUGACGUAUGGCAGAAUCAGCGCCGACUGGUCUCUUGGGACGGCCACACGGAUCCGCAGCACAUGGUGACAGACUGGGGCAUUCCGCAGGGAGACGGGAUGUCACCCUUAGCCCUUAACGUUUUCCUCUUUGCAGGCUUGUUGUGGGUCAAACGCAACACUCGGCACCUGGACGGCGACGCAUCGCAUUUCCUUUUCAUGGAUGACAGAAGCUGGACGGCUAGCGCUAUGUCGAAGCUUUUAGGCGUCAAGACAGCUUGGCAAAGAUGGUCUGCCAUUAUGGGCCUGCUUGAAAAUGCAGGCAAGACACAGCUGACUGCACUCAUGCCCAGAGAUCUUCAAGAGCUUCGCAAGGCCGCCGACCCCAGAGAGGUCAAGCAGAAUCUCGUCCUGCUCGGCACUGUCACCGUGACGAGGAAGCAGCGGCGCACCGCAGCUGAGGAAACGCAACGGCUUGAAAAGGCUGCUAGCGCAGCUGCCCGUGCCACUUUUUUGCCUCUUCCCCGCAAAGCAAAGUACGAGACCAUCCGUGCUACUGCAACUGCUCAGGCACCCUACGGCUGGAUAGGCCGCAAACCUCCUGAAGCUGAAUGCAAGCGCCUUGACCUCGCAGCCUGGAAGGCUUGUGGUGAACCGUACGUCGCAGGCGUACACCACAAGCGUUUGCUGUUGUCACUGCCCUUGGAAACGGAGAUCGGCACCAGGCAGGUCAUGCGUAUGCUUCACGCCUCGGGGCGAUGGCGCCUCACACAAGCUGCGCCCGCAGCAUCGGAGAAGUGCGCCUUUGAAUGGUUGAGAAAGCACGGAUGGACCAUGACCGGUCCACGAGUCUGGAGCCACCAAGCGCUUGGUUUUCAGAUUCGGCCGAUUCCACCAGGCCGCACACAGCAACGUGAUGAGCAUGCGCAUUUUCUCAGGGAGUCUUGGCGGGCUCAAGAGUUCGCGCUUUUGCUGCAGGACCCAAGGCAUGCCACCCCUGAGUAUGCCGCUACCCGUUACUGCACGAAUAGGCUUGCUGCUUGUAGGAGGCUCGUGGAGUCUGCCACAGGCCCUCACAGAUGGAUCUUGCUAGGAGCUGCAACGUCGCCGCUCGAGCAUGCAAUCAGGUACAGCAGUCGCGACGAUCCCGUUGCUUCCUGCCCGCGUCUUGGCUGCCGCGUCAGGCAGGCUGGCUGGAAUCACACGCUGUGGGAGUGCCCCCACCGCGGCCACCUUUUACGAGCAUGUGACGGGCUUCAAGGACGCUAUGGCUGGCCCGCAGGUUUUACCAAGCGCCCCAGCAAUGCUGACAGGCAAAUUCUGGACGCGAUGGCAGUGAUCGUGGUCCAGAUCUGGCAUCGCAGACGGUAG